AUGGAAGGCACUUCACAAAUCUUACCCAAGUGUAAUCACUUCAUCGCACGAUUAAAGGAAUUACUGCAAGAUAUAUACGAACGGUAUUACGAAAUACAAGCAGAUCUUUUCGAAUACAAACACACACUCACAACUUUUAAAGCUCAACAAUCCAGAAAAGAUUCUUCACAUUUCUCUCUCCCUCAAAUCCCUCAAUACGAAAAGACGGCUGACCUUCCCGAGAAACUCGAAACAACUAAAAAAAAAGAAGAAAACGUCGAACGCGUCGAAGUUCAAAAAAGUUGUAGCGACGACCCUCUCUCAGACAACUUCGAGAAGUUCGAGUCCCUCCUCGAGAAGGUCAAAACUCAGAAACAGAAGUUCGAAUCACUCGACUCCACACUUCCCGCACUUCCUCCGGAAAAUUUGUACAACUUCACUUCUUCAAAACAACUCCCUUCCCAUCAACAAACACAUUUCGCCUCUUCCCCUCUCACUUCUUUCGACGUCAUCAUCACAAAUUAUUCAAACAACUCGUUAAAUUCAGACGAGUCGUUAAUUACAAACAGCUCGUUCAAUUGCACCCAAACAUUUCAUUUUCCUUUGCCGAGUUUAUUAACGAGCGAAUAUGACCAGGCGCCAAUUCCAACAGAAAAUCUCGCGACUGACGUCGUCCCGACCGAAAUCAUUCAACAAGGCGACGAGUACUUUAUCCCUCGCCUCACAUUUAUUAAGGCCCUUUCCCCGUCGACGUUCAUCGUUGGAGAUGACGCGAAUAAGACGAUGAAACUGUUUGAGUUCAAUAUCGUCCAGUCGCCGCAAAUCACGAAAGUCUUUCCAAGGUCGUGCGAGCUACAAAAUGCGGUGGACGUGUGUGUGGGGAUCCGGUAUUACAGCGCGGACCGCGGGAGCCAUACGGUGUCGAUCUACGACAAGAACAAACGGACGAUAGCAUGCUUUGGAGGGUUUGGGAAGGAAGUGGGCAAAUUUUGUGAGCCGAGCAGCGUUUGCUUGUGGGGCGACAAACUUUUUGUCUCGGACGGGUUGAAUCAUAGGAUCUGCCAGUUUGACUUGAGAGGGAGAUUUGAACGAUCGAUUGUCGGCGGGUUUUUAUACCCCAGUUGCGUUCGAAUCAAUCACAAAAAUCAACUUCUCAUUUUGGACGAAUGGAGGGGAAGUAUAGUUGUCUUUGAUCUGAAAACUAAUAAGUGCGAAGGAGUGUGGGGAAUUAAAGAAAAACUGGUCAGACCGACGUAUAUGGCAACAUAUGAAGAUGAGGUUUACGUCAGCGAUACGGGAAAUAAGAGAAUUGUGAGAUUCAAGGAAGGAAAUGUCACAGGAAUGGUGGAGCUGGAGAAGAUCGGGAUUGAUGGAAAACCACUUGGAAUCGAUGUGUCGCAGGGAGAAGUCACAAUUACUAUCGCAGACUCAAAUAUGGUUUAUUUUAUUAAUCUGAAAUUAUUCAGUUGA